AUUUCCCAACAUAUGCACGCUCACUGGGAAGGUCCAGAUUAUUCUAGGAAAGCGAUUCUUGACGUCCCCAGUAGUUACGAGUCCGUCCUCCGUUUGGCGGCUGAGAAAACAAGCCCGAGGAAGGUUUUGGUGAGGUUCGAAAUGGCAACGGAACCUAAGGCAGCGGCUGAGAAUGUGAAAAUUGACCUAUUCGAAGAUGAUGAUGAGUUUGAAAUCAAUGAAGAGUGGGAGGAUAGGGCUGAAGAAAAAGUAGCAGAGCAAUGGGAAGAUGAUUGGGACGAUGAUGAUGUCCAUGAUGAUUUUUCUCAGCAGCUAAGGAAGGAACUGGAGAAUAACAUCAAGAAAAGCUGAUUUCAAUGAUUUCGAAAUUUGUUUUCUGUGGUCUCAGUUGAAUAUUGACCGAUUGCUGUUUAAGACGAGAAAUUCAGAGUCAAUGAUUCUAAGGCUAUGUUUGCCUCGAAAAUAUUCAGAAAAGAGUGAAAGAGAAAUAAAAUUUUCUAUGUUUGAUUCA